GCAGACCACCCGCUGCGAGCUCCAAAGACCCCCACCCUUCCUCUUCCUGCCUCCGCUCGCCGCCGAUCCCGCGGCUCGCCGGCGGCUACUACUACCUACCACUCUCGACCUCGAGUGGGGAACUCCACGGCUGCGUCGCACGCCCAGCACCCCCCCGCCUGCCCCCCUUCGUCCCGAUCUAGCCCGCCGCUGAAAGGCAGGAGCAAGGGCAAAUGGCAGGCAUGGACGAAGGCGUCCGGCUGGACCUCGACAAGCUCCCCAUCAAGCGGCUCGAUGCCAUCGACGAGGCCGGCAACGAGCACUACCCGCCGGACACCAGCAGCGAGGAGCAGCGGCUGGCCGCAAUCCGCAGGGUCGACUUCUCCUGGGUCAUCGAGAGGGACGCCAAGAAGGCUAAGAAGGCCGCGGAGGACACCGCGCAGCAGUCGUGGCAGUGGCAGGGCCUCAUGGAGAGCCUCCAGCAGGCGCAGCAGGAGCUCACCGUCGUCCUCGACCUAAUCAGCACGGUCGAAGCGAACGAUGCUGUGGCCGUCACGACAACGUCCAAGCCCAAGUCGCUGCCGAACGAAGUUCUAGAUGACAUGGCGGUCUCCGCGGCCACUAAGCUCCAGCGACUUCGGCAUUUGGGACGGUACUUCAAACAAUCAGCUAAAACCAUGGAGCAACAGUUCCAAAAGGAGGCCAGGUUCUAUGGCUCAUUAAUCAGAUUGCAGCAGAACUGGAAAGUCAAGAGGCACCGAUUUGGUGCGACUGGUCCAGGAAGUGACAGCUUCAUGUUUGACGUAGUUGACACAUCUCAGUUAGAUACAGCAGCAAUGCCCCGAAUGUCGUCAAUGUCUUUAGUUCCAAUUGAUCAAGACUCAUCGGGCACUUUAUCUGUACAAGUCCCGCAAAAGUCGUGCCGUUUCUUGAGCCUUCAACUCCGCGGGGAUAAUGCCAGCAGUGCGGAAAGCUAUGCUUGCAAAAUGAAAGGUAUCUCAAGCACCACUUCUGCAGCGGAAAAUGAUGCUUUGGAGAAUGAUGAUGUCAAUAAGUCUGUCAAACAUGCACAUUCCAUUCUUCGCAAUAUCCACAAGUCAAUAUUCGAGGAGCAGGUAUUUGACAUGGUGAUCCGUGAGACAUUUGUCCCAUCUCAAGGAAUCAACGUAACUGGAAUGCGUGAGGAUUUUCUCCAAUUAGCAAUUGGCCAAGAGAACUUGUUGUGCCUUUCGCUUGAGCAUUCUGGUUUGGAUACUGACUCCGAAAUGGAAGGCCUUGAAGAGCCCACUGAUUCAGAGGAUGCUUCAAAUCUCGUAUUAGCCACCAUCAAUGGGAAGCAGGAGCCUUCAAAAAUGGAUGCCUCAGGCCUUAACCCCAAAAGUCUGGAAAUUUACUUGCUACAUAUGUUUCAUGAGAACAUUCUUAGGAAAGUCAGGGAAAAAUAUCGUAAUAUUGUUCGCUACCCGAGUCCUGCUCAGGCUGCAGGUGAUGACUGUAACCUGCUAGGUCAUUUCUGCAUGACAGUGGCUCAUAGGAUAUUCUCAAAUAAAGUACACCUGGAGCUGGAGAGUGUGGUUAGCAGGGUUCCUUAUCUCCAUCUGCAGUCUCUCCCUACGUGGCAUUCUCGAACUUCAUCCUGGUCUCUCUGCUUAAGAGUUCCGCAGCCUAUUUUGGCUGCUGACCGAGUCACAAAACCUUUAGAUAAUGAUGAACCUAAGUACAAGUCCAGGUCACAGUUCAACACAAAGGUUAUCUUGAAAGAUGGCCAAAUUAGUUUGAUGGGUGAAGGUUCUCCAAGCAUUGCUGGAUCACUUACUAGGAAGCCAUCCGAUGGGUAUUUGAUAAAUAGUUACAACUGUGACUUGGAAGACCUCCCAACGAUGCUUCUGCAGCAGGUUGCCAGUCAAGUAAUAAACUGGCUACAUGAAGAAGCAUUGGUUCUCGGGAUGAAUGUGACUAGAGAUUUCCUGUGCCUUUACUUUGAUCUUGACCAAGGCGAUACGCUCGGCCUGGUGGCACAUGUUGACCCAGAUGACGCCUACGGCUGCAUUUCGUGGUACCUAACAAUUGAUCACUCAGCGAAGGACGGGAAGAUGUCGACGGAUAAUCCUGAGUUUGAGAAGCGUAGGUUUCUGGGGUAUCUCUCUCUGGAAGUGUUGUACUCUACCCUGAUGGACUUGAUAAACUUGUGUAGCACCGGUGUCCACCACUAAAGAUAUGUUGUACAAUGCUAGAAUUCUGUAAUAGUAUACUAGCACCGCUAACUUGUUUGUGACAAUCACAUUUCUGCCCCUUGAUCUUUUUGUUUUGGCUUAGGUCAAUGAAAUGUGCUAUUGAUUUUUCCAUGUGCUUAUUUUUGCGUCCUUGUGGCCUUGGUAACUAUUAAUGGGAGCAGACUUGUGUGUGAUAAGAUA